GCGGAUGUGCUUUCUCUCAAUAUCGAGGUACCUGUAGGGGAAACAUUUGCAUCGUGUUUUUGGACUUGUUUUAUUUCGAGUGCUUGUGUUAACAUUGGGAUAUAAUUUUUCCGUGGCUGACCACAUCCAGGUUCUGUUCUAUAGCAUAAUGCAGGAGGCUGUACACUGUCUCGCGAUCGAGUUGAUGUUGGAUCUUGUGAAACAAUGGAUACACGCAAGACACGUUUUGUUCCUUUGGAUAAUACUCAACUCUUCGAACAACUCAAAAAAGAAAUGGGAAUCAAAACCGACAACUAAGAACGGCAGACACAACAAUGAUUUAAGUCGUAAAUCCAUGACAAGAAGAACUGUAAAAAGUAUAGAACGUAUACAAUGCAUAAUCAGAUCACGCGAGAUAUUUGCCUGGGUCUUUCCAAUCAACAGGCGAGUUAUGCACAGCGAAUUCCAUCGACUUCUGACGUUUUCUCUGUUUCCACUUGAUCCUUCAGUAAGUGCUAUCAAACUAGCUGCAAAUGGCUUCUUUUACACUGAAGUGGAUGCAGUUGUUGAGUGCUUUGAAUGUGGACGGACUCAUCGAAAUUGGGAUACUGAUGGAGUAUAUUUUCCUACGGAAGACAUUCAAAACACACACACCCAUGACUGCCCAUUCCGGACAGGUCAACAAUCUGCCAGGAAUGUCCCAAUGCAUGAUCAGGACGAGAACAUUCUGAACGAUAUAGUCCAACCAACGGCAAAUGGUCAACAUUCUGCAAGGAACGCCUCAAUGCAUGACCAGGACGAGAACACUCUGAACAAUAUAAUCCAACCAACGGCAAUUGAAGAGUUGGAAGCUCGCUUCCCUGGCAUUGAUACCAGUCAACCUUAGCACAUGGAAUAUGCCAUCUUCGUCAGCAGGCUUACGUCUUUCAAGAACUGGCCGUCCGGACAUGUGGUGUCACCGAACGCACUAGCAAGAGCAGGAUUAUUUUAUACUGGAUUUAAGGAUCGAGUCAGAUGUUUCUAUUGUGGAUUAGGCCUUGUCAGCUGGGAAAUCGGAGAUGACCCUUGGAUUGAGCACGCACGACAUUCUCCUGAAUGUACAUAUGUUCAGAGAAACAAGCCACCAACUAGCAACGGGACAGAGCGCCAGAUGUCUGCUGACGACAACGAAGUAACUGCCCCCGGGAUUCCCUCUCAAAGUAACGUCAGUCUUGAAGCAAAACAAACGGACGCUUUGGAUGACAAUAAUCAUUGCCGCAUCUGUUUGGACAACAGGAGCAUUAUUGUAUUUUUGCCAUGUGGGCACCUUGUGUCAUGUGCAGAGUGUGCACCUGCUCUUAAGCUAUGUCCAAUUUGCCGCGCAGAUAUUCGAGGAACUGUUAGGGCUUUCCUUCCUUAAUAAAAUGCGAACAAGAUUAAACACAGAUAAUAUGAUUUGAGCAUAUCAUGAUGAAAUAAGACAUGCAUAUGUAACCUAGGUUUGAUAUUGCUAUGAUAAUCCAUUAGGCAAAUAAUAAAGUAAGAACAGACUCGGUGUGUAUCUCAAUGUGAACUCAUACAUUCCUGUGUUUCAAUUCAAUGUACAUGUUUUGUCUUGUCAAUCGUUACUAUAUUUAUUAUUGGUGUGUGAGAGCGGUACUGCUUUGUCAUGUAGUUUUGCAUAAGAUAAUGUAUUGAUAGGUUAUAACUGUUGACCCGCUCCUUUAUUCAAACAUAUCAUUUGAAAGUUUGUCUGUAAUGCGGAAAACAGCUUGUUGUAUAAGUUAAGCUAAUUCAAAAUGUAUUUUGACUAUAUAAAUGCUCGAAAAUUAAUAUUUUGUCCAAAUCUAUUUAUUUAUAUAAGUCCAAAUUCAACCGUCUCUGUGCUGUCUAAAAUAUUAAUGACGCCAUUGCAGCUAUUAAACUGUGUACUUGCUGAUUUCUUAUGUGAAAUUAAGCGGUAAUGAGUAUUUAGUCAUCACUUUUUAUGUUGUUCGAGUGAUUUAGACAAAACUCAAUUAAUGUAACAGUUGGUCAUUAACUUCCGUCGAAAAUUUUGUCUCGUGGAUAUAGAUUUGGGGUUUUCCGCUUGUCUUUCAGGAGCCAUUACUUUGUAACUAAAUAGACUGCAUUUGUAGUGAAACUUUCGUAAAGCGUGUAAAACCAUUAUCGUUGCGGAGUCAAAACCUCGUAACUCUGUUUUUUUUGUGAAAUGGGUUUUUUCAUGCUGCGGGAAACAUAAACUAAUUCCGCGCCUUCUGACAAAAUCUCGUAAGUGAAUGCCAAUGGGAAAUGGUCUUGGUAACAUGUGACAAAACCUCGUACUCGGAUUGGUCUUUCACCACAAGAGUCACAACCCGCGUAACUUGAGUUACGAGGUUUUGACAUUGUUCGUCCAUAUCAGGUCAAGUACGUGGAUCACACGUUCUUUAAGAAGUAUUCAGAUCUGUCGUAUUUCAGUACAAAUAGGCCAGGGACAAAAGUCGGAGAUCCGGUAGUAACUAAUAUCCGUGUGCUGCAAUACAAUACAAAUGGCGAAAUUCAGUUCAAGCUUUUGUUUCACGACGAGUUCAGUAAUCUACCUAGACGAGCUAGACGAUCGGAUGUUGUAAACCAAGAUCCAACUCCGCUUCAUUGUGGUCCAUUAGUCAUUAAGCGCUCUAAAUUCCAUCAUCUGAUGGAAUUGAAGUCUGUUGUCCCUGCUGACUACCAUCCGUUCUUUGAUAAUCUCAACCACGACUAGAUAUGUGUCAGUGAUUUGAAUUAACGUUACUACAGUUACCAUCUUAAAACAGUUUUGGAUUAUGCCAUAAUUGUUUGUUUUUUGCAUUUGUAUAUUUUCAUUUUGUAUUAGCGAUUGAAUGAACAGUCUCACCAAAAUUGCUCUUACGAUAGUGUACAAACUGUUUUCUAAAAAAGAGUAUUUGUAUAACUAUUGGAGUUUCAUUUAGUUUUGUGUGUCAUCUCUUUAUUUUUAAUCAUAUAGGUUGACGUAUUUCGUCUAGAAUGUCAUGUCACAUGCCAUUAAAUAACCUGUAAUUACCUGUGUCUAAAUGUUUUUAAUUCAGAUGACCAUAGAUUAGAGACCAGAUUGUUCGUUAUAAAACUUGAAUAGUUUUUGUCACAAUUUGUUACCAGUUUUAGUUUCAUGUGUUUUUGAGAUUUGUUAAAGAACAGUAAAAUGACUUUUGUGUGUCAUAAAGAAAUUGUCUUUAAAUUGCUUUUAAUCAUAGAAGUCUAGAGGUUGACUUAUUUCAUUGAAUGUCAUGUCACAUGCCAUUUAAUAAUCUCUAAUUAUGUCAUCUAUUGACCAAAUGUUUUUGUUUUUAAAAGGCAAAAGCGUUUCGCUCCUUCGACUUGAAAUGUUUUGUCACAAAUUCUUACGAGUUUUAGUACAAGUAUUAUGAAAAUUUGAUAAAAUCUUUUGUAUAAUUAUUAUUUUAUAAAAUUUGUUAAGAGAUCAGUUAAAUGACAUGUGUGUGCCAUAAUAUUUUUAUGUCAUCUGUUGACCUAAUGUUUUUGUUUUAAAGGCAAGAGUGUUUUGCUUAUUGGACAUGAAAAUGUUUUGUCACGAUUUGUUACCAGUUAUAGUUAGUUUUUGAAAAAGUUGAUUAAAUUUUAAGCAUU